GUCAGCCUGAGUACAGCCUCAGAUUGGACUGUCUCCUUGUGCUCUCAGCUGAGGACCUGUCACAUAGAGAGUUCAUGGAUCCCAGACAGUUGUUUCAGAAUCAAACCAGAACAGCCAGGCAGAGACGGCACGGAGUCCUGGACUGUCAGAGGUGGUCUUCUCAUGGCACAGGUAGGGACACCGAGGCCAGAGUGAAGGGACUUGCCCAGCACCACACAUGUCUCCUGCCCCCAGCUCAGGGCUGCCUCACUCCUAGGCCCUGGACUAUAACCCAAUCCUACUUGCCUCUUAGUCACUGGUAUUUUGCAACAUUGUCUAAUAACUGGGUGCCUAGUGAAGGAAAGGAGAGGCCCCUUUCAGGAAGGCCCCAGCCCUGCAUGUUGUCAGCAGCCCUUGGGCAAGGCUGCAAGUGGCAGUGGAUCAAAGAAGGGACAAUGGCAGGGGCUUGGAGGGCACUGGUGCUGGUGGCAGGCUUAGCAGCAGUGGCCUGUGUGGCCCAGCGCAGUCUGAGCUAUGAAGAGAUAGUCACCCAGGCCCUGCAGUUCUUCAACCAGGGGCGACGAGGACAGCGACUCUUUGGCCUGCUGGAAGCCAUCCCACCACCGCCUAGCUUGAACUCCACCACCACGAUCCCGCUCAACUUCAGGAUUAAAGAAACGGUGUGCUUUUUGCUCUGGCACCGCCGACAGCCCCGAGAAUGUCCCUUCAGGCCGGGCGGGGAGGAGCGGAACUGCACGGGUAUCUUCUUCAUGCUGCAGCACAUCCGCCUUCUGUCCCUCAACUGCCCCGGGGACCCGGACCGCGAGCGUGAGCUCAAGCCGGAGGUCCGCCGGGUGAGGCGUUCUGCUGGAUCCCCUGGAGAGGACACUCCAGGAACUGAGAGCUCCCAACUGCCACCUGCAGUCAGGGACCUGUACGAGAAAGCCAAGUACGACAUCAUCACCAACAUAUUGAGGAAUUUCUAGGGCUGCGGAAGGGAAGGGAUGCCCUGUAACCCCACCACAACCUCUUAUUCCCUCCCGUCCUCUUCCUCUGCUGCCCUCAGCACUCCCUUUCCUGCA